GUGGUAUGGCCUACGUCACGAUAAAUAGUGCUAUACUCAUUGGUGGGUUGUAAAUUGAAAAUACUAUAAAAUUUAUGAAUUUUAACUUGAUUGCGUUGACAUCGGGUGUAAUACUUCGUAACUUUGCUAGUUGUCCACAAUUUAUAUUCGUGACCUUUGCCUCUUUAUUCAAUCAAGAAAUCCGGUCGGCAUUCAAGCUUGUUGAAAAAAAUCAAUCUCAUUAGCGUAGUACGAAAUAACUUACUCACGAUUAUGGAGAUAGAAAUUUUGAGCGUAUCUGGUUCCAAACCUGUAGGGAAAAUACGAGUAAAUGAAGACGCUACAAUCAAGGACGUAAAAGACAAAAUUCAUCGCAACCUUAAAACUUUUUUAUACCCAGAUAGACAAUCAAUUAAACUAGAAGCUAAAGGUAGAUCCCUUAAAGACGAAAUCACUCUUAAAUCCUUAAAUAUUGAUGAUGGUGCAAAACUCUACUUGCAAGAUCUUGGACCACAAAUUUCGUGGAAGAAUGUAUUCUUGACUGAAUAUGCUGGACCAAUAUUUGUUUAUCUUUGGGUGUACCGGAGACCCUGGAUUUUAUAUGGAGAUGUUUCAUCACCCCCUGGACUCAUAGCUAGCAUAGCAGCAGUAUGUUGGUCAUUUCACUAUGGAAAACGUCUACUUGAAACAUUAUUUAUCCACCGCUUCUCCCAUGGCACUAUGCCCCUUAGAAAUCUCUUCAAGAACUGCGCCUACUAUUGGCUGUUCACACUGUACAUUGCCUACCAUAUUAACCAUCCAUUGUAUACUCCGCCAAACCAUAGUUAUGUGAUUGGUGGCAUAGGAGGAUUUAUGAUCUGUGAGUUUGGCAACUACAGCGUCCACCUUUUAUUGAGAAACCUGCGCCCCCCGGGCACUAAAGUUAGGAGCAUUCCGAUGCCAGACUUUAACCCCUUGUGUAAACUCUUCAACUAUGUCUCCUGCCCUAACUAUACUUACGAGUUUGGAUCCUGGCUGUUCUUCGCUAUUAUGACUAAAUGUGCUCCUGCUGGAAUAUUUGCAUUCGUUGGAUUGUACCAGAUGUCAGUAUGGGCCCUCGGCAAACAUCGCAACUACAAGAAGGAAUUCCCCAACUAUCCCAAAGGUCGCACAGCUAUUCUGCCAUACAUACUUUAAAAUUAAUAUACAUGUAUGUAGGACAUUAAAUAUUUAUUUAAAUCUACCAGUGGAAUUGGUAAUUAGAUAUUUUAAUGCUAAUAAUGAAACCAAUGUCGUUUAAACGCGAUACAUUAUGUAACAAUACUCUAUUGCACGCAGUUUUAUUCAACUUUGAUUAAGGUAGAGAAUUAAACAACCCCAUACCAACUUUGAUGCCCGAAAUUAAUUAGUAAUAGUCAAAUCUAAUCCAAAAUCUUUAGAUCGUAGAUUACAUUUAGUAGUGCUAUCCACAUUUUACUAUUCCCUGUAAUUAUAGGCGGGCCUAUACUAACUUUAUUAAUUUCCCUGACCUGCAUUUUUUUUUAAAUUUUUUAUUGACUUUUGAUCGUUAGUUUCAUUUACCAAAUCUAUCCAAUUAGAUCCGGAAAACUUAAAUCACCCAUUCUUUAGUUUCCAUUAAGAUUAGAUUUGACUUGUUAGACGCAGGAUGGUGUCAAUGCAUUUCUAUCAUAGGUCAGUUCUGGAUAGUAAUUUAGACCGCCAUUAGUUACAUAGGACUCCCACAGGUGGGGAUUGCUCAGGGCAUCAAGUAAUCUUAACAGCUCUUAGCCGGCACAGCAAUAAGGGAUAUAAUAUUAAGUUGGAUAAACUUUUAAAAGACUGGUGAAGGAAUAAAUGUUUUAGGUUAGAAUUUAGGUUUGAAUGUUAUGUAUCUGUGCUUCAAUUAAUUAGUUUUGUUGGGACUGUAAAAUAGUUUGAUAUUUUUCUACUUUUAUUUAAUAGCUUCAUCAUAGGUCACAGGUAUUUAUUAACACAGUUGUGUAAAUUUUAAAAUAGACAUUAAAUAAUUAUGUAUUUUUCCGUAUAUUUGUUAUGUUGGGUACUGAAAAAUAGUUUUAAUUUAAGUAUUUUUUUCCUGUUGCAAUAUCUUUGUCUUAGGUGGUUUAAGGUUGUUAAUGUAUGUUUAUUAAUUAUUGAUAUAAAGGCAUUUAAUAAAAUGUAUUAUAUUCUACAUUAUA